ACAGCCUCCGUUGCUCCGUAACAUCAUCACCUUCGAAAGAAUCGCAAGAUGCCCUCCGAUGCAAAUAAACCUUGCGAAAGAAGAGCAAACUCCCGCUGUCAGUGACGUGGGCAAGCCCUCUUCCCUGCGUCUUUUAGUCACCCGUCGUCGGUCGCACGGCUUUCGUCCCAACUCACCCAAACUCUCCUUUGAGACGGAUAGGAUACCUUCCCUGUAUUGUCUGUAUUGCUAUCUGCUUUGCUCUCUUCUGUCGAAUGAAGGGUACACAACGCCUUGGAAUCACACUUCAUGACAAGCAAGCCAUCACAAUCUUGUUUGUGCUUGCCAACUGGCCAACUGCUGCGUCAUUUUCGACAUGUCGCCUUUCACUACUUGAAUCCCCAUUCCGGUGCAAUUUGUCAACCCCGCUCGCUCGCCCACCCACCGCCGCCGCAUCGUGACUACAGCUAGUCACCCAGGCGAAACCGACGUCUCAGCCAGGCUGAUUGAAACGGCACUCAACACGACGGAAAUAUACAACAUUGUAACACUUGUCUUGGCAAUCAAUCAUCCC